CCCUGACAACAUCCCCGGCCAGCCAUGAAGCAGCGCAUAACUUACCUCCUCCACCCUGGCGAGCCGGCCUUCGAUCCAGCCGGCCUCACUGUGCGCAAGGACUCGCUGCAAAUCAAGCCCAUAAAGGCCGCAAAGGAGCACCGUCUGACCCUAGGCUUGGCCGAGCUCCCGCAGGAGAUCCGCACUGUCCUGAAGCAAUGUCACGAGCUGCAUCUCCGCUGGGCCUCGUCUGAGCCGUACACUGCUACCCCUCCCUUUACCUCCCGCGUCUCUCCCGGCUUGCAUGCUUUCUUCUCGCCCCGCAAGGGCCAGCAGCCAGAUGGCCUCUGUCCUCUGCUCAAGAAACUCUUUGAUGAUGACCUCAAGUGUGCUUCGCCAAAGGAGUCGUUCAUCGGCCUCCCCGUCUUAUCCGAGCGCUUCUCCUCGUCCGCCGCAUCUCAGUACUACCAUCUCCUGCCGAACCUCGACAACUUAAUCACCUACAUCCAGCAAGCGCUAUGUAGUUCCUCCGACCCAGCCUGCCAGGACCAAGCCGCAUCACUACGCUCCGCCCAGUACCUCGACAUCGACUACGACACCAUCUCGCACGCCCUAAUCGUCAACGCAUUCUGGGCCCAAGGCCCCAACCCAGACGGCCAGUGGACCUCCGAAAUCACGCUGGGCACCAAGUCCGAGAAAAUCGAAGUCGGGAUCCUCAACAACGAAAAGCCACUCGAAGCGGAAGAGCUCUCACUAGCCGGCUUCCUCACCGUCAUAGGCGAAGACACCAAAGCCAAACCAGCCAUGUUCUCCUUCCCGUCACGGCACCACCCGCUCCCGCACCCGCUCACAUUCGAAACCUCCUUCGCCCACCCCACCGGCCUCCACCCAACCCUCGAACUGCGCUUCCCGUCCGCCGCGGCUCUCGCGCCGCCCCUCCCCACCGCCUCCUGCGCCCUCCACGCCCACCUCACCCUCCCCUCCGCCCUCUUCCUCGACAAACACCAGUUCUCAGACCCGCUCUUCCUAGCCUCGCAAAACCUCAAGCGCCUGCACGCCUUCGCCGGCGCAACCGACCUCGAGGCCCCCGACUGGGUCGUCCCGCAAUGGGGCAGCGCCGCGCUGCUGGAGCUCGCGCCCCCGGCCCCGGCGCACGACUACUAUGACUCCACGACGCCGGCCUCCGAAGCUGCGCACGCUGAUGCUGACGCAGAGGCCGUGCAUGACCUCGUCGUCUCCGUCCCCCUCCACCUCCGCUACCUAGCCCCCGCACACAACGUCUCGGGCAUCCGCGCCGCGGCUCUUCCCGCGCCCGUCGUCUUCUGGGCUUGCGCCGCGGACGAGGGCGCAAAGAUGGCGGCGAGUCCGUUCGACCGCGCGAAUCUGGGCUGGGAUGGCCUGUUUGGGGGCCGCACGCUGUUCUAUGACGUCCCGCCUGCGGGGUGGGUGGGUAAACUUGGUGUGGGUACACGUGGCGUGGGCGAAGGCAGUGGUAGAGCUGGAGUAGGCGAAGGAAAAGCCAACGCCAAUGCGACCCUGGUCCAGCACGUCCCCGUCCCGGUGCUCGAUCUCGAUCGCGCGGCGUGGGUCGAGGCCGGGACGGUGGGCGCGGUGCUGCUGGGCGCGGCGUGGGUGGCUUGGACGCUGUGGGGUGCUGUUUUUACUGGUAGAGGAGGUGGGAGACGGCGCACGGCGGCGGCGGCGGCGGCGGCGGCGCGGAAGCGUGAGUAGG